UUGGUUUGUUGGUUUGACCUCAACUCCAUCCCUUUCUUUCCCCUGUGUGCUCUGAAUUGCAAGGAACUACAUUUCCCAGGUGUAUUUGCCCUCUGGCCUUCAGACAGUUUAGCCAGAAGGAUGCACAGCAGGGACAUAGGAAGGUGGGAAGAAGGGAAAAGCCCAGGGUAUUUCUCCCCACUCGUUCUCUACCUCCUAUGGUGUUUUCUGUGUAGCUCCAGCCCCUCCGUCUCUGAACCACUCCCAUUGUGCAGCUCCUGCGAACUGCCCCAACUCUGGUAACACCGUUCUCUCUCCAGGCCUGGAGGUGGUAGCAGAGCUCCUCAUGGGCUAAUCCACGGUUGCCUUUCUGCCCCCUGUGUGUCUUCUCUACUCAAAUCCCUGUAUUAAAUUGCCUCUACUUGAAAGACCUAGAGUGGCUUGUCUUUUUCUGGCUCAGACCCUGAAGGAUGUACCACCCAGAUCAGGCCCCAUAGAGCCUUUGGCUGUUCCCACCCUGAAUAAUCCCAUGGAAGCCGUGGUAAGAUAAUGGCUGCCCUAAUGAAUUCAGGUACCAGAUUUUUUUUUCCCCCUGCAAAGAAAACAGAAUUGUAGAAUAAUUUCAAAAUAGUCUGGCUGUCUAGAUUUCUCCGCGGGUGGCCAUUGGGAUGUGUAGAAUUACAAUCUUUCUUUUCUUCGUGGGCCUCUCAUUUUGUAGGAUGAUGGGUGCCUCCUUCCUUUCCAACUGUGAGAAGAACUAUUUUGAUUUUUAAAAAAAUUCGUGCAGUCAUUCUCCCCCUCCCCCUAUUUGCCUGGGCUGUUGAUCUUGCGAUAUAUUUAUAGAGAUCGUGGUUGGCUGACCAGGAGUUAUUUUGCAAUAGGAAUUUGUAAGAUUUCUACUUUGAGCAUGUGUUCCAGACUUUCCUUUCUUUAAAAAGAAAAAAUCUUUCUUAGAGCAUCUACUUUGCCCUUCUGUAGUUAUUUCUUUUCACAGCCAAAGUAAGCCUUGUGUUUUGCACAUAGUUUUUUUGUGUGUAUUUCUUCUGUCUCUGGUCUUCUUUUUUUUAUAUAUAUACAUUUAUUUAUUUAUUUAUUUAUGGCCGCGCUGGGUCUUCAUUGCUGCGCCCAGGCUUUCUCUAGUUGUGGUGAGCAGGGGCUACUCUUCAUUGCAGUGUGCGGGCUUCUCAUUGCGGUGGCUUCUCUUGUUGUGGAGCAUGAGCUCUAGGCACACAGGCUUCAGUAGUUGUGGCUCGUGGGCUCAGUAGUUGUGGCACGUGGGCUCUCAAGCACAGGCUCAGUAGUUGUGGCUCACGGGCUUAGUUGCUCCGUGACAUGUGGGAUCUUCCUGGACCGGGGCUCGAACCCGUGUCCCCUACACUGACAGGCAGAUUCUUAACCACGUGCCACCAGGGAAGUCCAUCUGGUCUUCUCUCUUCUUUGGUGUCUCGUUUUACUCCAAAUUUUAAAAGACCAUGGCUCCUUCUUCAUGUAGGAAAUGUUUUUGCAAAUGAGAAUGUGGUGACUGGAAAAUGGGUGCUUUGGGGAUCAGGAGACCUCUGUUUCUCUAUCUGUAAAAGAAGAGUGUUGGACUAGAUUAGUGGGGGCAAGCAUGCUACUGUCCCCAGCUUUACCUCGCUCACUGCAGACAUCAAUAAUCAGUCACAGCACUCUUACUAGCUGAGCUCUGAUACGGCCCCAGAAUCUUUCUCAACACAUUGCCCCAGGCAGCCAUGUCUAAUAGAUGAGAAUUGGCGCUGAAAAGAAAGCCUGUUUGCCAUUCUUGGACUAGAUGAUUCCCUGGACCCCAUUCACAUAAUGGUUCUCUAAGUAUUGGCAGUACGAUUCCUUUCUUCUUUAAAUCAACGGACUGACCUUUAUUACACUCCAUCUGUGUGCAACACAGCCCUGGGCGCUGUGGAGCCACAGAGGAGCUCUAAAAAACUAGCCACCCUCAGGGAACUUGCAGUUUAGUUGGGAGCAAGACUGCAGAGAGCGAUGAUGUUCCCAGGUUUGCCCAGGCACGCCCUUGGUGCUGUAGGAGGUUGUCCCUGUGGUCAGGGAAGGCUUCUUGGAGCAGGACCUGGGGUCCAGCCGGUCAGAGGGGAAUGCAGUGUAGGCAGUGGGACAGCGUGGGGAGAAACAAACAACAGGGCCAGCAAGUUUCAGAACUAGGAGGGUCUUCAGAGCUCAUCUGAUCAGAACUCUCCGUUUAUAACUCAGGAAACUGAGGCUCAGAGGAAGAAAGGGACUUGCCCGAAUUUUAGUAAAUGAUAAUUAUAUAGCUAAAGUUUAAUAAAUGAUAAAUCAUUUUAAUAAAUGAUAAUUAUUUUUAUAGUUAAUACUUGUAGAGCACUAUAUGCCAGGCAUUGUUUUGAGAGCUUUAAUAUAUUAACUGAUGUAGUCCUAAGUAACCUUGUAAGGUGAAUACUAUUAUUUCUCCUAUUUGACAGAUGAGGAAACUGAGUCUCAGAGGGUUAAGUGAUUUACCCAGCGUCACAUGGCUUGUAAGUGGUGGAGUCAGGAUUUGAACCUAGGCCAUCCGGAUCCAGAUUCUCUACUGGGAACUACUAAAUCCUGUUGGAGUCAUCAGAACAUGUUCUUGUUUUUUUUUUACUGUAUUAAUUUUACUCACCACCACCAGUGGAAUCAUAAUGACAUCAUCCAGAUCUGUGCUCAUACAGUACUUUUAGCACUAGCUGAGAAUGUUAACAGACUUUAUAUGUUUUUAUUCUAACCAACAGCUGUGUUUCGUGGGGCUUUUUCUGUCUGUUUUACAUAGGAGAAAACUGAGACUGCGAGAGGUGAUGUGACUUGAGGCGGGUCACAGAGCUAGUAAGUGUCCCAGGCAGAAUUUGGAGUCAGGUCUGCUGGACCCCAGAUGUCAGAGUUGGAAGGUUUCUGAGACACUGCCAGCCCAGCAGCCUCAUUGGACGGGUGGGCAAAUGGAGGGCCAGACAUUGCCUCUGCCAGCAGUCAGAGGGGGUCUCCUGGCAUGGGGGACUGCUGCUCCUCCCUGAGGACUGUCUGGGCACGCCCGCCUCACUAAGCCCUUUACCUGGUCCCCUUGAAGAGGUUUGGAGUUGCCCUUACUUGCUGCCUUGUUUAAAAAUAUCUAAGGGGUUGACUUUGAAAAAACUCUGUCCCCCAAUUCCCCAAUCCUGGAGUUCACUAAUUUGAAGGUUGCAACCCUCUGUAUUCAUAAUAUGGUUUUUUUUCCCAUGAAGCAAAAAAGUUUUUCUUUUUUUACGCCCCACCCCCACCCCCAACUUCCUGCUGAUCUGAAAUGAAUAUUUAUCAUGUAUUUAAUGAGUAAUCUGAGUCUUGGCUUGGUGAGGCUGUACCCAGGACAUGGUUUAUGGCUGAUCUGGUUUUAACUCGCUCCAGGCAGUUUUCCCUGGAGUUUUCUGUAAAAUCAUAAACCUGGAGAGAGAAUUUUUGUGGAAUCCAGUCACGUGACUUGCUCUUUUGUAAAUUGAGAGAUUAACUGUGUGAUGGUUAAGAACUGAGAUGCAUUUCUUUUUUCAAAAGAAAACAAACAGAGCAGCAUUUAUGCACCCAGAGGAGCGUGUCCUCUUCUAAAGAUGGGGAAACUCACUCGCCAAGGUCACCCCUCUGGGCCUUGGAGCAGCAUGGCACUGGGUUUGAGAACGUGAACUCGGAAUCGGAGUGUCUGCGUUGGAAGCCCGGCUGAGCCUCUUCCCGGCUGUUCCAACACCCUGCAAGCUCUGGGUCCUCGCCUGGACAGUGGGGCUGGGAACGGUCCCUACUGCUUAGGGUGGUUGAGGAGAUUAAAUGAGACGGUGCCCAUGAUGCCUGCGCCCCGGGCUGGCAUACAGGAGGUGCUCAGUAGAUGCUGGCCUCUUGGGAUCGCUGGUGUUAUCCCCCUUCGGGGCCCCUGAUGCCCGACUAAUAAUACAAGCUGACGCCCUGUGGAUGUAAAGGCCCCGCCCUAAGUGUGAGACUGAUGAGCUCACUUCAUCCUCACAGCAGCUUGUGAGGUGGCCACUCCCAUCAUUCCCAUUUUACAGAGGAAGGAAGUGAAGCACUGAGAGGUCAAUUUACUCGCCCAGGGUCCAGCUAGCAAGUGGCAGAGUUUGUGCUCCCGCCUGGUUCCCAGUGACUGCCACCCUUGCUGCUGAGGUCCUUCACAUCUCUCUUCCUCAGUCCUGGAGCCUGAGGGCUUUUUGACUGCUGGUCCUGGGGAGGGACUGUGGGCUCCCAUUGUGGUCCCAUCCAGCGCCCUGGGAUGAGAACGAGUCUUGUAGUCCCACAUGGCAGCCCAGGGGAGGCACCUGCCCCUCCGCUCUGAGCCAGGAUCCCACCACUUCUUCUAAGGCCCAUGAGUCAGGCCUCAGGGGUGGAAGUGGGUUCACCUUUUACUCCUGGCCCUCUGCACACGAUCCCAGGCUGACAGCGUUCCUCAGCAGCUGCAGUGGUGCAUUUAUUUGUAAACCUGUCACUUACUGAGCAACUACUGCAUGCCAGCUCCACCCUGGGUGCCUUUCAAAUGCUAUCGCAGGAGAUCUUUGUCACUCCCAAUAGCUCUAGGUCCUGGGGCUUUCUCUCCUCCACUGCGGUUCGUUCCCAAAAGCAUCAUCUCUUCCCUGGAAGAUGACAGUGGCCUCCGUGUUGGGCUCCCUGCCUCUAUACCGCAGCCAGCAGUUGCUUCCAGAGGCGCACAUGCCUUCUGGGCAGCCUGUGAGCCUUGGAGUAAAGCCGAAACUCCUCAGCCUGGUUUACAGGUGCUCAGUAAUGACCAGCUGUUGAUGACGCCAACAAAGACGACGAUGAUGAUGAUGGUGAUGAUGAUGGUGAUGGUGAUGAUGUCAGUAAUAGGGUCCUGCUCCAGUCCACGUGGCUGCCCACCAGAGAGGAGAAGAACCUGCCUAUACCUGGAAACUCGUAUGAAACAGACAAGGCUGACGGAGCCAGUGCAGCUGGAAGGAAAAGCACGGCAAGCAGGUUCCUACGAGUGUGGAAUCUGUGGCAAGAAGUACAAAUAUUACAACUGUUUCCAGACCCACGUACGGGCACACCGAGACACAGAAGCCACCUCAGGGGAGGGAGCCUCCCAAGGCAACAACUUCAGGUACACGUGUGACAUCUGCGGGAAGAAGUACAAAUACUACAGCUGUUUCCAGGAGCACCGAGACCUGCACGCAGUGGAUGUGUUUAGUGUGGAAGGGGCCCCUGAGAAUCGGGCAGACCCCUUCGACCAAGGUGUCGUGGCCACUGACGAGGUGAAGGAGGAGCCCCCGGAACCAUUCCAGAAAAUCGGGCCAAUGAACAAUAUUACAUCAGAAAUUUUUAAGAAGAAAGAAGUUAGGCAGUGCCAAAAGAGAGAAACCGGCAAUUAUACCUGUGAAUUCUGCGGAAAGCAGUACAAGUACUACACGCCCUACCAGGAGCACGUGGCCUUACACGCCCCCAUCAGUACUGCCCCCGGGUGGGAGCCACCGGACGAUCCAGACACGGGGUCUGAGUGUUCGCAUCCAGAGGUCUCCCCGUCUCCACGCUUCGUGGCAGCGAAGACCCAGACGAACCAGUCGGGGAAAAAGGCUCCGGCCUCCGUGGUCCGAUGCGCUACCCUCUUACACCGCACCCCUCCAGCCACCCAAACCCCGACGUUCCGCACUCCAAAUUCGGGAUCUCCGGCAAGCAAGGCAACUGCAGCAGAAAGCGCUUUCAGUCGGAGGGUAGAAGGCAAAGCACAAAACCACUUUGAAGAGACGAAUAGCAGUUCCCAAAACUCCAGCGAAACUGCAAGUCCCCUGAUUUCCAAUCCUUUCCCUCUCCUACAGAAGCCCUACACGUGCGGCGCCUGUGGAAUCCAGUUCCAGUUCUACAACAACCUGCUGGAGCACAUGCAGUCCCACGCGGCAGACAACGAGAACAACAUCGCCUCCAACCAGUCCCGAUCGCCCCCUGCUGUCGUGGAGGAGAAGUGGAAGCCCCAGGCCCAGAGGAACAGUGCCAACAACACCACGACCAGUGGUUUAACACCUAACAGCAUGAUCCCCGAGAAGGAGCGGCAGAACAUCGCAGAGCGGCUGCUGCGGGUCAUGUGUGCCGACUUGGGCGCGCUGAGCGUUGUGAGCGGGAAGGAGUUCCUGAAGCUGGCCCAGACGCUGGUGGACAGCGGCGCCCGCUACGGGGCCUUCUCAGUCACCGAGAUCCUGGGCAACUUCAACACGCUGGCGCUGAAGCACCUGCCGCGCAUGUACAACCAGGUGAAGGUGAAGGUGACGUGCGCCUUGGGCAGCAACGCCUGCCUGGGCAUCGGCGUCACCUGUCACUCGCAGAGCGUCGGCCCUGACUCCUGCUACAUCCUCACGGCCUACCAGGCAGAGGGCAACCACAUCAAGAGCUACGUGCUGGGCGUGAAGGGCGCGGACAUUCGCGACAGCGGCGACCUGGUGCACCACUGGGUGCAGAAUGUGCUGUCGGAGUUCGUGAUGUCGGAGAUCAGGACAGUGUACGUGACAGACUGCCGGGUGAGCGCAUCCGCCUUCUCCAAGGCCGGCAUGUGCCUUCGCUGCUCAGCCUGUGCCUUGAACUCGGUGGUGCAGAGCGUGCUGAGCAAGCGGACGCUGCAGGCCCGCAGCAUGCACGAGGUCAUCGAGCUGCUCAACGUGUGCGAGGACCUGGCGGGCUCUACCGGGCUCGCCAAGGAGACCUUCGGCUCGCUGGAGGAGACCUCGCCGCCGCCCUGCUGGAACUCGGUCACGGACUCGCUGCUGCUGGUGCACGAGCGCUACGAGCAGAUCUGCGAGUUCUACAGCCGGGCCAAGAAGAUGAACCUCAUCCAGAGCCUCAACAAGCACCUGCUCAGCAACCUGGCCGCCAUCCUGACGCCGGUGAAGCAGGCGGUCAUCGAGCUGAGCAACGAGAGCCAGCCCACCCUGCAGCUGGUGCUGCCCACCUACGUCAGGCUGGAGAAGCUGUUCACGGCCAAGGCCAAUGACGCGGGCACCGUCAGCAAGCUCUGCCACCUCUUCCUGGAGGCGCUCAAGGAGAACUUCAAGGUGCACCCGGCGCACAAGGUGGCCAUGAUCCUGGACCCACAGCAGAAGCUGCGGCCCGUCCCGCCCUACCAGCACGAGGAGAUCAUCGGCAAGGUGUGCGAGCUCAUCAACGAGGUCAAGGAGUCCUGGACCGAGGAGGCCGACUUCGAGCCCGCCGCCAAGAAGCCCCGCUCCGCCCCCGGCGAGAACCCCGCCGCCCAGGAGGACGACCGGCUCGGGAAGAAGGAAGUGUACGAUUACCUGCAGGAACCCCUCUUCCAGGCCACCCCGGAUCUCUUCCAGUACUGGUCGUGCGUGACCCAAAAGCACACAAAACUCGCCAAGCUCGCCUUCUGGCUCCUCGCGGUGCCGGCCGUGGGGGCCAGGAGCGGGUGUGUAAAUAUGUGUGAACAAGCACUUCUCAUCAAAAGGAGGCGACUGCUCAGUCCAGAAGAUAUGAACAAACUCAUGUUUCUGAAAUCCAACAUGCUUUAAGACUUCCGGAUGAAAAGAAAGAACAAAGAAAAAAGAAGAGGACGUUAGGAAAAAAAAAAAAAACCACACAACACUGUCGCAAACAAAGAAAAAGGAAUUUAAGUUCUAAACACUGUGGACCUCAUUAUAAAUGCCCCCUGGAAACUUAAGUGCUUUUUUCAGUGUGUGUGUGCAUGUGUGUACACAAGCACGCGUGCGCACUUUGGGCGUGGGCGGCUCUGUGCUCAUCCGUGUGGCCGCAGAAGUGUCGCACACGCAUGCACACAUACACUCCCCUGGUGCAUGUACGCACGCCUGCUCGUGGGCGCGUGUGCAUUAAACUGGGCGUGUCAGGAAAGCUGAGUGUUUGGGAAAGAGGGAAGAUGUUUCACCUCCUUUUCUCAGUAAGGGGGCUUUAAAAGACUCCAUGUUCAGGUGCGCAGGUUGGUAGAAAACUGAUGUAAAACGUUCAGGCAGCUGAGAUCUGAAGUGACUUGACGCUCUCUGUCCUUCACUCUGUGGUCCCCCUUGCCCUCCGUCCCCCUCCCCAAGCCUUCCUGACCCUAUUGCACCCCACCCCUCCCCGGCUGCCCUGCCAUGGAUUCUCCAAACUGCAUCAGAUGGACAGCUUCUGCACUGGACUUUGUUCUCGUUCACCUUCAGGGCAUUGAGCUGCUGCCUUUGUGAUACCCUUGGGUGUCAUGGGGCAGCCGCCUUAGAAACACACCUAUCUAUCUCCCCAAAUCAGGAAAGGAGACUUUAAGAAUAUAAAGCUGACCUUUUGCUUUUUAAUAUAAGAUAGAAAAAAAAGACAUUUUUCAAAGAAGUAUAGAUACUGUCUCCACUCCUUAAUAAUUUUUUUCCUAACAUUUUAGCAGUUUUUACUUUUUUUUAUUCAAAUUUGAUUUAGGCUCUGCUAGGAGGCACUGAAUGUCUGUAACUUAUAUUUUGGAGGGGGUUUUUUGGUUUGUUUUUUGAUUGCCCUUUUUGUUCCUCAAGUCACACUGUAAACUAGCUCAUCUCAGUGGUAUAUUCAGUAUCCUAAGGUUUUCAUUAGACUUCCCUGUACAGUCCAGUUUUCCUGUAUUCGAACAGCCAGGACCAUGAACUUGGUUGUGCUGUUUGGAGACGAGGAGUGAGGUUGGAGUCACAGGUUUCACAGACGUGGGGCUCGGUGGAAGCCAUAGGGAAGCACGUGGCUUAGGAGUUCUCCUGAAUGUAAGCGGAAGACCGCCCUCCUGGCUCGCUGUGUCUGGUCCUGCGAAUGUCUGAUUUCUAUACCCAGAGUGCACUACACUACUCGCCACGUCACUGACCCUUCCAGCUCAGCAGGGACUCCUGAGUUGAUCCAUGUUCACGUCCAUCGCACCUCAGACCCACGGCCUCCUCUCCCCAGGACCCCGGGGAUUCCGGCGGGUCCGCUGCCCACAGCCCUGGGGGGUCCCCACGCGAGCCUCAGCCCUCCUUCUAGGACAGUAGUUGAGCACAGUGCCUUGUGGGCCAAAUGAUGGAUGUUUUGAGGGUGAAAUGGCAUUAGGCCACAUUCAACUUGAUGCUGUGAAAGAGGUUUUCAGGCUUUGUUUCUCUGUGAGCAGUUUAGAUUCCACACACGGCCUAAAUGCCAACAGGGUGACCCUUUCCCCUCUGAAGAGGUGGUUCCGUCAGGAUCAGUGCUCAGCCUCCCACCCCACCUCUCAGUGAAUGAAGUGCUGGUGGUCCCAUAUCCCCCCGUGCCCACGGCUGUGGGAUAGAGAUAGUUACACCAAGGCUGAGGAUGCCUGCCAUCGUGGGGGGCACAUUCUACCAUCUUGGGGGUUGACCACGUCCACUCCAUCCCUUCCUAGUAACAAAACAUUGUUCAACUGUGAGAUACCUCGACUACAAAAAGCACUGUACAACGGCCCUCUCCCCCCGGUCCGUGGCAGUAAAGUUGGGGAAGUAAAGUUGAUUUGAAAGCUCAAGGCUUAGGAUCAUGGACCAGAACACUGUCCCAAGUGUCAAGCCUGCUCACUUUGCCUCGUGAGAACUAACCCUCCCGAGUCUUGGACACACUGAAAGGCAUCAAAGUGGGCCGUUUCCCCAUUCACUCCAGCAAGCCAUGGUCUCAGGAACCACCACGCCAUUUCCUCUCCCGGAGAAGUUCUGGGUAUUAACUCCACGGCACUUCCAGUUGGGGUCACACCGUCAGAAGAGCCUCCGUCUGCACUGGACAGUCACCUCGUGUCGCUUCCUAGAGUAUAUGGGAGCAUCCGCAGACUUUUCGAUGAGACUUUUGGGGGCGUUCCAGAAGGUGGCUGCGGGGUUGCUGAUGGGUGACAGAUGCCUACAGCAAAAGGCCUCCAGCUUUGCUUUGCUGCUGGGGAAGGGUUCACGACCUGGCACUCUGAACCACACGCGGAGGAUGGGAGCUACCCGUUCUGUGUGGUCAGUGGGAGCCAAGCCUUGGAGCCCAUCCUCCCUCUUAGAGCGGAGCUGUGCUGGUGUUGCCUCAUUAUGGGGCCACUCAGUUAGCAAAUAGGCAUUUCACUUUCUUGCAGAGCCAUCAGGACCAAGCCCUGGUAUCAGCGUUCUUCUCUUCAGAAAAAUUUAAGUCUUAACUAAAUUGCAGUUAUCUAGUCAUAUGUGUCACCUCCUGUCCUGUUGCUCCUUUCCACCUCAGUUCAAUCCUUAGGGCUUGGCGUGCUCUGCAGAUCUGUUGUGAGUGCCACUAGGUCUCGGAAAGCUGUCUCCUGGGGCUGCCUCAUCCAGAUGUGGGAACAAGGUGGCAGGUAGUCAUUUCUCUCUUGCAGCCUCUGGUUCUUCAGAAACUCGUUGCCAACAGGAAAGGCUGUACCAAGGUGCCCCCUCCAUGUGCUUACUCAGACAGCAGACAGCUCCCAUAGUGCAGAGCCCGUUGCAGUGAACAGCUUAAUAAAACCCAAAGAUCUCACAGGCCCAGCCACUGGCCCCACAUCUCCAGCAAUAUCCACCCUACCCAAAUUCUAGUUCAGCCAAAGGAUUGAGGUCGGCGCUUCCAGUUCAUCUCCCGGCCCCUAGCCUGGCAUCGACCUUCGGAAAGUUUUUGUCUUCUGCCUCCCAGUUCUGUGACCACUAUGGGACUUUACAGCUCAAGGCGGUUGCCUGCUGACUUGGACACAACUUGCCUGAACCAUGUGAUUCCCAGGAUAGAAAUGGCCUUUGCGUUGACAUACACGGACUCCAGAGGGGAGGUGGAGAAAACACACCUCCACUCUGCAGGGUUUUCCCCCUCAUCUGAGGUCAGUUGGCUUCACCACCAAAGCCCAAGCCAAGGACCAUAGCCUCGUGGGUGGUCCCUCAGAUUUGAAGUAACUGGGGGGUCUCAGCUCCACCAAGAGCAGCGGUGCCGUCCCAGUCGCUGUGAGUGGAUGCUCUUGUGCCGACAUGGUUCUUUUUCCCCGUGCCCAGGUCCACCAGCCGGGCCUCCCUCCAGAUGGUAGUUAGAAACCAGGAAACGAAACAGAGGGGCCACUGGGCAAAGCUCCUUUCUGGCCACACUUCAUCUCGGGGUUCACGGCAUAGGAAGCCACCUACUGUGUCCACGGGCGAGGGCGCUUCGCCACCAACCUGCCUGACAGCCUCAUGCUUGGCGUUCGGGGUUUGGCUCUUGUCUGGGAAAAGGAUGUUGAGGUUUCCUGGUGAGGAGAGGACAGUCCGAUGACACAGUUGAGAAGUUCUGCGUCUCCAGAUGUCUGGGAAGGACUUUUUUUGACACCAGCUCUGUAGGCUGGCAAGCGUCUUCUCCUUCAGUUUGCUCCUUUCUCUCCUGCACUUUCGAGAAACACCAGAGAAAAACUCUGCAAGGCGUGUUUUCCACUGUGAAGCAGACCCCCUGCCUUUAGGGGUCCUCUAGGCUUGCGCCUGGACUUGGACUAGACUCCUUGGAAAGUGGGCACCUGAAGAGCUGUCAGGGAUGCAGCGUGCAUUCUUGGGGGCCACAGGUUCACAAGAAAGGUUUGGAAUGAACCUGGGAUGCGGAUGGAGAAGGGAGGUCCUGUGAGCCAUGGCCCAGAAGGGGACAGUACCUGGAUGUUGCCAUGACGAUGGAUGUGUUUGCAGAGACAGGAAGAGGAGGCACCCAAAGCACGGCCGGCGGUCUCCUCCUGCCCCCUGAGCCGGGCAAGUUCAUAGAUCUGCCCCUUGCCUUGGGCACAGCGACAGCGCCUCUGUCCCUGGGACGUACCUGAGGGAGGGCUUCUAGAAAGGCUGCUGGUUUAGAUGAAACCCAGAGGCCAAGUAAGGCUCAGGCUGUCCCCUGGAGACAGUGGGUGGAGGGCUCCUGUCUCGGCCCCCCUGUAUCCGGCCGGGCCAGUGGGAGAACUGGGAAGGGGCCUGCCCCCUCUUCACUGUGGCUAACGUUUGCUAGGCCAGUUAUGGUGAACCAAUGAUACAGUGUUUUCCCUUUUCUGUUUCCCACCGGGUUUCCCCUUUUCAGGGUUUUCUGGAGAAUUUUGUUGUCGUUGUAUUUCUUCCUCUGUCCUUUGCGUUUAAGGAUCGUGGUCCGCGGAGCCCCGCCGUUCCCUGGAGGGGCCCUGUAGUUUCUGUGCGGAGAGGCACCUGCUCCUGCUUUGAUGAGGGUGAAGGGCAUCGGGUUGCUGUCUGUUAAUAUUCAUGCCCCUCCACCACCACGGGCGUUGCUUUAAAGGUUCAACUGCUGUACAGAGAAGGAUUUGCUGAGUUUGCAGCUGGGUGUCAGCAUAGGGGCCCUCCCCACCCAUGCGUCCCACUGGGCACCUUGACUCUUCGAACCAAAGUUCCUUUUAAAGGGGCACAGCCCAGCCUGGUCCGCAACCUCAGGGGCCUGGGAUCCCUGUGGCGCUUCCUGAAGUCCAGCUUGGCAAGAGACCAUGGGGUCUGAGGCCAGCUGGAAAGGGGGGCUCCUCCCACAACCCAGGUGCCAGCCGGUCCCUGCCUGGGACCCUUCCCUCCCACCCAGCCAGGGUGGCCGGGUCCCAAAGCGGUGAGCGAGCUCGUGGACUGGCACGGGGGCUGGAGACAGAGGGACCUGCGGGGCUGGGGGCUCCCAGACCCGCCGGGCAGUGCGUCCAGGGCCGUUCAGAUGCCGAGCAUCAGGAAAUCAUUUUGUACAACCACCUGAAGCAGAGAUAUUUUUUAAAAAGCAUAAAUUAUUUCCAGUUGUUUUCUGAUGAUCCUUCCUUUUUCUUUUCCCCGUAACUUUGCGUCGGUGAUUCUUUCACAUCAGGUAAAUCUUGAGAAAGCCUUGGUGCCCCUCCCUCCCAGGCCCCACUCGGUACCCAUGCGUGUGCACCCUCAUCCUUUCUCAGUAGUUAAGACGUUCUAGGCAAUACCAUAGGCACAGCUGACUGUGUCUCUGUCUUCGAGUGCAAGAAACUCAAGUCAUCUUAAAAAAAUACAAAAAAAAAAAAUUUACAAAAAAACAAACACAAAAAAAAUAUCUUUUUUAGGCCAGAGUUUUCUACAGGUAUUAAUGAAUAUUUUUCUUAAUCCUUAUAAGUUUUAUGUGUUUAAUAUUUCUUAAUACCGGUAGCAUUAAUUUAUACUUUUGUAGCAACACAAUAUUUUUAUAAACAGCCAGUGCUUUGGCUCAAGUUUCCACAAGGGGUUUAUGCAGGGUUAUCUUGGGACCCUGUGUACCAUGUACUGUAUUUAAAAAAAAAGUUACCUAGUGUCACCCUUGCUGUGUUAAUUAACAAAAGAUGUUGUUUGCGGUCUCCUGUGUCGUUGGUGUGGACCCAACAGUUCUCCAAGGAGUCACAUUGCAUGGGGGUUGAGUUGACAGUUCUUGUGAUAUGUAAACCCCCGAGACCAAACUUGAGGGUUUAUUUAGGCUUUUCUGUUUGUCCUUUGGAUUUUUGGUUUCAUUUCGUUUUGGUACCGUUUCUCCAUUUACGGCCAAAUCAGUUUUCUGGUGUUUAAAACUUUUACUGAUGUCAAAUGGAGGAAAGGAACAGGAAAAAAAAAAAAAAAAAGAUUUUUACAAAGUAAUAAAAUUUAAAACUGAGCUGUUUAAAUGUUGCUGUUUUUACCUGUCUGUUCUUGUCCAAAAGUGGGACAUUCCCAGGGAGAAGAGGAAGGUUCCACUUGGUUCUUUAAAUCGCCAAAAGCCCCCACCCAGAAAUCAGCACCCCCUACCCCCCCGAAUUCUUGCAACAUUAUUUCCUGGUUGGUUGAUGCCAAGGUAAAAAGACAUCCUUUUAAUGGUUAGAGAGGAUCAGUUGCUUAAAUGAUUUCAUGUCAGUGUUGUAUUUAUGGUUUUACAAUAAAACAACCUUUAGGAAGA